AUGAAUACCCUUCACGCACCCACCGUCCCCUCGGGGCCAACUACGGCGCCCACCGCAAACGGAAAUGCGACCCAGCUCACUAUCGCCGAGCUUCAGCGGAAGAAGGACAUGGUCGAGGGGGAGCUCAAAGCGCUUGGCGGCGUGCUUGAUUCUCAUGGUGUUGACAUGAACACCAACCUUCUUACUCCGGAUGGGUUUCCUCGAGCCGAUAUCGAUGUAGCGCAAAUUCGGACUACGAGGGCACGCAUUAUCCACCUUCGAAACGACUGGAAGGAUCUGAUGGGCACCAUCGAGAAACGACUGCACGAGCACUUUGCGAGCCUUGAGGAUGGCGAUGAUGAAACCCCAGCCCCUAUUAGCGCCGACACCUCUGUACUAAGAGACUCCGUCCCGGAGACGCUCGGCCAGCCUUUUGCCAAGGUCAAUUCGGUGGUAGACAACAGCCCAGCUGCCUCCGCCGGCCUGCAAGCCGGCGACCUCAUCCGCAACUUUGGCUACGUGAGCCUCGAAAACCACGACGGCCUGAAGAAGGUGGCAGAAUGUGUUCAAGGAAACGAAGGGCAAAAUAUCCUCGUCAAGGUAUCAAGAAGCGGCGGGGGUUCUCAGCCACAGGAACUUCGGUUGACAUUGACACCGAGGCGCAACUGGGGCGGCAGAGGAAUGCUUGGUUGCCAUAUCCUACCGCUUUAA